GGCGAUUGAUGUAGAGUUACUACACGAGGUGUCUGUGGCUGUUUCGCUUCUCUGACAUAACACAUAACACGUCUCCUGUCAUCUAGUUCCCAUCGUCGCCAGAGUUUCGCGAGCCGAUAGAAACAGCGCUAUCGGGUUUCUGAAGUUCUUCGAAGAUUCUUCGUCCUAAAGUGUGCGCGUGUUUGCGUUGUGAAAAGUGCGUGCAAGUGUCCUGUGAAGACCACAAAACACAACAGCCCGUUCCAGCUGCCGGUCAAAAGUGUCAAGCGGCCGAUCCAAAACCGCGCACCAACGCGUCGACUUCUUGCAGAAAGUGCGUGGCAGAUAAUUGCGAUGCGCUCGUCGAAGAUGCAAACGUUCCUGUCCUGCCUGGCGGUGUGCGCCGCGUUCACAGCCCUGUCAUCGGCACAGCGAGUCGAUACCGAUCCGAACGCCAUAACGGUGGUGGAAAACCAGGAAAAUGUAACCCUCCACUGCCGUGUUGGGCGCCCGGCCAGGCUGUGCCUCAUCUCGAUGCCCGGUCUCAAGGGCCAGAUUGUGCUGGCACCGAACGAACCGCCACCGAUGGCCGGCGUCGAGUACUACGGCGAAGGCCUGGAACGGGGCUCGUGCGGCGUACGGAUUGCACGUAUCACCGCCGACAAUGCCGGCGUCAUGAACUGUACGCUGAUUGUGGACGGCAUCGGAUUGACGGGAUCGAUCGACGUCGUCGUGGCAUUCCCUCCGGAACAACCGACCAUCCAGGUCCUGUCGGGUGACAUUGCGAACGUGAUUGUCGACAGCGAGCUCACCUUCGAGUGCACCGCAGCCCGCGGCAAUCCGGCGGCCAACCUGUCCUGGUUCUUGGACAACGAACCCAUCUACGAGCGGGUGCAUCCGGAACAGCCGGAAGAGUACUUCGACGACCGUUCCAACAAGCGGGUCUUUUCGGCCACCUCCGUGCUGGUGCGCUCCAUUCGGGCCGAAGACAACGGCAAGCGUUUGACCUGCCAGGCCCAGCACAUGGCCUACCCGGAGGGUGUGUCCCGUACCGACCUCGUCCUGAACGUGAACUUCCAACCCCAGGCCCUACCGGACCAGGUCGUCUACGGGCUGCAGCUCGGCCGUACCGGUUCCGCCAGCGUGGUGGUCAUUGCGAACCCACCGCCGAAAGUGUUCUGGAACAUCGACGGAGUCGAUUACCAACAGGGCACGGAGCAGGGUCGCUACGCGGUCCCGAUUCCGGAACCACUGGGAAACAAUCGCUACAACGUGACGCUGACCAUUGCCGGGCUGUCGCUGGAGGAUCUGUCGCGCACGUACACGCUGCGUGCGUCGAACGCGUUCGGCUCGGAGGACUACCGAGUGUUCCUGCGAUCGCAGAGCGACGAGGUGAUCAACGAGUCCAGUGGCGUCGGCAUCGGCGAGAUCGUCGGUCUCGUGCUGGCCGUGCUGAUCGUACUGACGGCCAUCGCCCUGAUCUUAGUGGCCCGCGCCACCGGCAGAUGGUGCUUCCGCGGCGCUUCGCUCGAUACCGAUAUCAAUCCCGACUCUGAGGCACAGAUUACACCGCACGCACACGAGGACGAGGUGGACGAGAAGCACCAGGUCCCGGAUCCGGCCGCCCACUUCGUGCACGAGGGCGACGAGAAGCACGCGGUCACUAAUGGAAAGCACGAGAACGGGAAGCAAACAAAGGCCCAACAGCAGCAGCAGCACCAGCAGCCGCCACAGCAGCAACCGGAUGUGUCGAAGCAGGAAAACGGCAAACCUGAAAGCAAAACGAACACAUCCGUGUAGAUUCGCAUGUAUCCCGUUCGUCUGGUGCUGCUGCUGCUGCUGCGGCGCAAGGAUACUUGUAAGAAUGUGAUUGGAUGCGAGCAAAAAAAACAAAGGAAAAGUGUGUAGAGAGAGAUCCCACAGAGAUAGGGAAGAACCGCGCGCGAUAGAGGUCCGACGUGUUCGCGCGCGCACGGAUCAUUUCCGAACCCGAGACGAAAAACCGACAGAGAGCUUGUGUAACAAAGAACGAAGGGAGGAAAAAAAGAUGGUGUCUCCACCGGCCGCAGCCGAAAAACGACAACAGCACCGGAGGGGGGAAACUAAUUAACGACCCUUAGUUGGAGGAGGGCAAAAAAUGAAGAUCCCUCAUUUGGUGUUGUGCGCCAUGAAGGGGGAAAACGAAGCUAAAAGACAGAGUCGCGGCGGCCCCCCAAUCCUGUUCAAUGAAAAUGAAAGACUGUGUAUAAGAUUUGGAGCCGCGUAGCAGGAAACAACAAAAAAACAAUAGAGAGUUACAGAUGGGGUCGAUCCAUCGGAAGUGAGAGGUCCACGGAAUGGGUUCUCAACGAAGCAAAAUAUUAUGCUUUUGAUGUGUUGUAGUACCGGCCACAAUCUCUCUCUUUCGAUGUUGUUGUUGCGGCAAAUUGCGCCAUUUUUCCUCUUCGUUGUUCCCGGCGAUGAAGACCGUCGCCGCCAUUCUAGCGGCUGAGUGUUGUUUCCCUCUAAGUGCGCUUUCGUUGCGGUUCGUAGGCGCAGAACAGUUAUUAAUGAUCGAAUCAAUAUUGGAACAGAUCAGACGCACGGAGGAUAAGCAGAAUGAGAAACGGCACGAAAUACUAUCGGCAAUUGCUUGAUGUAAGGGUUUCUUUUCUAUUCGUUUGGUUCAUUAGCAGUGGAUGCAUUGCAACGUAUACUCUGAGCUGAACGUGAGUUUGUUUGAAGUAAUAAAAUGAAAGGAUAAUGAAAAAAGUUAGGAACUUUGGAGGCAGCUACAUUCUUCUAUGAAAUAUAAAAUCGUAGUUCUACCCUAGGUUUCGAAUAUCGCCGAGAUAUUUACAAAGAAAUACUUAAGUACAUAGGUAAUAAUCGAAUAUUUGUAGUGCAGAUGCGUUGGAUUGGAAAGAGAAUUUAGAUAGGCAAACUGAACGCGGAAAACGGGAACUGACUGUGAGAAGAACACGGCAGCACAGGAUUAUUUACAGAUUCCAUCCAUGGUAGGUUCCUUGCGAUGCGCACAUCGCGGUUGUGUUUAGUAGGGGCAGGCAGGCCGGGUUUGGAAACGAAUGAAUUCCUGGAUUCCUGGAUUGGCGUGUCCACUUUUCGACGGCGUGUGUACGGUAUUGGAGGUUAUUUUGUACUAGUUAAAGAGCGAAUAGAGCGUUUUGUUUUCAUUUUAUUUUUAACUUGGCGAAGCUAUUU